UCUUUGAAGAAAGAAGAAAGAGACACGCACUUAUUCUCUUUCCUUUCUCUCCCGCGAACUGUUUCAGAAAGAAACGGCGUCGUUUAUGCUUACACUACCCGCGCACGACUCAAACCAGAAACAAACAAGACUUUCCCUUCGAUUUUCUCGAGAAAAUCCUCCGCCGAGAAAAUCUAGCUCCCUACUCUACUAUACAUAGCUUCAACUGAUGGAUCGGAGGAGAACCGCUAGUCCGGUAUACGGGCGGCAGUGGAGCGGCGGUUCCAGUAGCACCGGCUCAUCGUCGCCGGCGAUGUCUCCGGCGCAUCCUCAGUCGCGGCUAGGUCUGUCUUCCACUGGAAUGUCCACCGUCAAGCGCACGCAGAACGUGGCGGCCAAAGCCGCCGCGCAGCGUCUGGCUCGGGUGAUGGCGUCUCAGGCAGCCGCUGCCGACGACGACGGCGAAGACGACGAUGACCUUGACUUCCAGUUCGCUGCUCCUCGCGCUCCAGCUCCUUCUUCCUACUCAAGCAAUGCAAGUAGUCUCAAGAGCUCCGGUGUUGGCACCACCGCCACCACCAUCCCUCCGAUCUCGCUCGCCAGGCCUAACAGAUCUCCUUCUCCUGCGUUAGGUCGGAACUUUGCAGAGCAUACUCUUUCGGUACGGUCGACCUCAGCUGGAAGAUCGGCAGUUUCGGUUCGCUCUGCGGCAGCAGUAGUACCUCCGCCGAGCAAAUCCACAAUCCGAACACCUAUGGCUGUUCCUCCAAUUGAUCCUCCUUCCAAUCGGAGCAGAGAGAAAAAGUUGUUUACUCCAGACGUCCCUAUCAAACCAGUUAACUCAAGAGAUACAGGAGAUCAACGUGAAGCUUCUGCACUCCGUGAUGAACUGGAUAUGCUACAAGAGGAGAAUGAGGUUAUAUUAGAAAAGUUAAGAGUUGCAGAGGAAAAACGCCAAGAAGUGGAGGCCAGAGCUAGGGAGCUUGAGAAACAGGUUGCUUCUCUUGGAGAAGGUGUAUCCCUAGAAGCCAAACUUCUGAGCAGGAAGGAAGCUGCUUUGCGACAAAGAGAGGCUGCUCUCAAGGCUGCAAAACAAACACAGGAUGGGAGAGAUGAGGAAAUCACAGCCCUUCGCGUGGAAAUUCAGAAUCUAAAAGAUGAUGCAGCAGCAGCUUUGGAACAACAGCAAGAAGCUGAAGCUGAAGCAAAAGCUCUUCGUACAAUGACACAGAGGAUGAUUUUGACCCAAGAAGAAAUGGAGGAAGUUGUCCUGAAGAGAUGUUGGCUUGCACGCUACUGGGGUCUUGCUGUAAAACAUGGCAUAUGUGCAGACAUAGCACAAUCCAAGCAUGAACAUUGGUCUUCUCUAGCGCCUCUACCUUUCGAACUUGUCAUCUCUGCUGGACAAAAGGCUAAGGAGGAAUCCUGGAACAAAAGUGCUGAUGAUCCAGAGAGAAGCAAAGAAGUUCGUGAUUUGAAUGAUCUCUCUGGGGAGGGAAAUAUUGAGAGUAUGCUUUCAGUUGAGAUGGGUUUGAGAGAACUUGCUUCCUUAAAGGUUGAGGAUGCUGUUGCGCUUGCAUUAGCCCAACAUAGACGCCCAAAUUCAGUUCGGCAGUCUGUUUUAGAUUCCAAGUCACGUGGUGAUGCCAAAUAUGUGGAGGCAUUUGAAUUAAGUGAAGAGGAAGCAGAAGAUGUUAUUUUCAAAGAGGCAUGGCUGACUUAUUUCUGGCGAAGAGCUUUGUUUCACGGUGUAGAAGAUGAUAUUGCAGAUGAGCGACUUCAAUUUUGGAUUGCACGCAGUGGGCAGUCACCAACUUCACAUGAUGCUGUCGAUGUUGAGCGAGGUUUGGUGGAGUUGAGGAAACUGGGUAUAGAACAACAACUUUGGGAAGCUUCUCGGAAGGGAAUUGAUCAAACUCAAGGGUUGGCAGAUGCUAAUAAUAAGACAACCACAGACUCUGAUGCCUCGUCUUGAUUUCGCAAUCCUUCAUUUGUUGAUUGAUUCUUUCUUCCUACGUGUAUAUUUGUUUUGUUUUAUUCUAUUUUCUACGUAUGUUUUUUCUCUCUUUUUUUUCCUGUACAAACCAUGUUUUUCAACAUUAUAUCCGGGUCUCAUAUAAAAGAAGCAAAAAUCUUAAUAGUCGAAGUAAA